AUGAAGUACGACGCGAAGACUGACCCCCUCGGCCAGAUGAAGGCCUUCAAGACGGCAUUCUCCGAGGUUGUCGCUGAUCCGGACUGGAAGAACGCGCGUUUGAUCGAGCGCCAGCGCUGGAACCCCUACUCUUUCGAGGGCGGAUCAACUUGCGCCAUCGCCGGGGCUGACUUUGUGGUGUUGGCGUCGGAUACGCGUAUGUCCCAACAUGAGAUCAACAUCAUCACGCGUGAUGCCGAGAAAAUGCACGUGCUCAACAACAACUGCGUGCUGGCCACCUCCGGGUUCUACGGCGACGUGCUCCAGCUGAAGCGUGUUUUAAUGUCACGCCUCCACAAGUACCGCUUCGAUUUCGGCUCCGAGAUGACGGUCGAUCUGUGCUCGGAAUUGCUUUCAAGGAACCUUUACUACCGCCGAUUCUUCCCCUACUACACGGGCGCCAUCCUGGCUGGAGUCGAUGAGAAUGGAAAGGGAGCCGUGUUCAGCUACGACCCAAUCGGAUGCAUCGAGCGUCUCAGCUACACGGCUUCCGGCGCCGCCGAGCCGAUGCUCAUCCCGUUUUUGGAUUGUCAGAUUGGCCACGUGACGCUCGCCGAUGGUAUCGAACGACCUGCGCUGACAAUUGAACGCGCCACCUCAUUGAUCAAGGACGCCUUCCGCGGCGCAGCCGAACGCGAGAUCUCCACCGGUGACAAGAUUCAUCUGAUCAUCGCCAGGGCCGGGCAACCCAUCACCUCGACUUUCCUGCCGCUCCGCGAAGAU